UAAAACCCUUGAAAAUCAGACAGCCUAUAUAUUGAGCGUACUGUGAUUGCAUGUCUUCAUUGUUUUUUUCUUCUCUGAUUCCCGACUGAGUGCUGCGCGCCGCCCCUGCUGACUCUCACUGUACUUCGCUCAUCUUCCUCAUUUGGGCUCCUCUCAGUAUAUAAGCUGCUGAAUCGCUGUGCCGGGAACGAUUAGACAUACGAAGCUGAAUCAGACCUCACACAGCUCUAAUUCAGCUCCACUGCUGCGGUCAAAAGCAGAAAAUCAGGUCACUCCCACGUUGUGGUUCUGCAGCUGAACAAGAUGGUGAACUGCGGCUUAUUGACCCACAAGAACGAACCAGUUCCUCUGAAGAGCAUAGUGGUGGACCUGCAGGUUAAGGGGCAUGUAGCUACAGUGAGCUCCACUCUGCAGUAUGUAAAUGAAGAAGAGCGCCCCCUGGAGGCCGUGUUUGUGUUCCCCAUGCCUGCAGAAGCUGCUCUCUGCCACUUCAGUGCCAAGAUUGCAGACAAGGAGAUAGUGGCGAAGGUGCAGGAGAAAGAGAAGGCGCGGGAGGAGUAUGAUGAUGCGAUUGCUUCAGGAGAUCAGGCCUUUCUGCUGGAGGAGAGUGACGAGAGUGCGGAUGUGUUCAGGCUGAGUGUGGGGAGUCUGCCUCCAGCCCAGAGCGCUGCUGUCACCUUCGUCUACGUCACUGAGCUCUCUGUGCAGGCUGACCAUGCCCUGCGCUUCUGCCUGCCUGCAGUGCUGAACCCCCGUUACACACCACCAGGUACAGGUGGUGGUAUAGUGUCAGAAAUAACAUCAUCAUCAGCAGGUGUUCCCUACUCUCUUUCUCUCACUGUCCAUGUGAGCUCUCCCAACCCCAUCACUAAAGUAGAGUCCAAAUGUCCUCUUGAGCCUCUGAUGUUGCUCACGGCAGACCACACAAACGCAAAGGUGAGUCUGUCUGCAGGUCAUAUGUUUGACAGAGAUGUCGAGCUGUUCCUAUAUUAUCAGAACGCCCACCAGCCCACUGCUAUAGUGGAGGCAGGAGAGCCCACAGCACAGCCAGGAACACUCAUGGGAGACCCUGUGGUCAUGCUAAGUUUGUACCCAGAGUUCCCUUCAGCGCUGAUGUCAUCUGUAACAUCUUGUGGGGAGUUUGUGUUCAUAAUGGACAGAUCUGGCAGUAUGGGCUGUCCAAUGCAUAAUGGAUCAGGUGCACAGACGCGCAUUGAGAGUGCCAGGGACACUCUGCUCCUCCUGUUGAAGAGUCUCCCUCUGGGCUGCUACUUCAAUAUCUACGGCUUUGGUUCACAUUAUGAAUCUUUCUUUCCGAAGAGUGUUGAAUACACUCAGGAGACAAUGGACCAGGCUGUGAAAAGAGUAAAGGAGAUGCAAUCAGACAUGGGUGGCACUGAGAUUCUGCAGCCUUUGAAACAUAUCUACAGUCAGCAGUGCAUCCCUAAGCAGCCAAGACAGGUGUUCAUGUUCACUGAUGGAGAGGUGUGGAACACCAAAGAAGUUCUUUCCCUUGUGAGAACCAACGCUGAAUCUCACAGGUGCUUCUCGUUUGGGAUUGGUGAAGGUGCGAGCACCGCCCUCAUCACAGGAAUGGCUCAGGAGGGAUGUGGCCACGCCCAGUUUAUCACAGGCACUGACCGCAUGCAGCCCAAAGUAAUGCAGUCUCUCCGCUAUGCUCUACAGCCAGCUGUGGUUGAUAUUAGUGAAGAGUGGGCAGUCCCAGUGGGCAUGUCCACCACAUGCCUUAGCCCACCCAUUAACACAAUCUUCCAGGGUCAAAGGGCACUGAUUUAUGCUCAGCUGAAAGGAGAGAGUCAGAGCUCAGACUCUGAGGGGAGAGUAACAGUGAAGUACCGUCUAGCAGGUCAAGAAGUCACCAACACACUCAGCUACUCCCUCAAGCCUGCUGAGAAUACAGGACUGUCCAUCCACAGAUUGGCCGCCCGCUCUCUGAUCCGCUCUCUGGAACGGGAUGAGCAGAUUGAGGGAGCUGACAAAAAGGCUUUAAGGGCCAGAGUGGUGGAGCUCAGUGUGCAGGCUGGGGUGAGCAGCUCACACACAGCCUUCAUCGCCAUUCAUAAGGGCAGUGGAGAGGCUGUGAAAGGACCACUGCUGAGGAGGAGAGUGCCUACAAGAGGGAUGUGUCUUAUGAAGAAAGCAAAAAGAAGUAUGCCCAUGAGUGGCUCAGCUUUGAGAAGCCGUGUUAAAGAACGGAUGUGCUCGAGUGCAUUUGGUGCUGCACCAAAAAUGGGUCCUGUUCCACAACGGAUGUGCUUGAGUGCAUGUCGUGCUGCACCAAAAAUGGAAAGGAACUCUGUAUGCCCUGUGGAGGCUGUUAAAGACCCCCUGCUGCAGCUCAUCUCCCUCCAGAAGGCUUCAGGAUGCUGGGAAAUGGACAAUGCGCUGGCAGAGGUGUUUGGGAAGACAAAGAAAGAGGUGGUCAAGCAGACCCCCACACAGGUGGAUAAGGGGGUCUGGGCUACAGUUCUGGCUCUGAUCUGGUUUCAUGGGUUUAAGAUGGACGCUCAGGUUGAGUGGCAGUUUGUGGCUAUGAAGGCUGUGACAUGGAUCCGCAACCAGAAAGUGGUCAGUCUUUCUGAGAGUGUUCGUGCGGGUAAUAAUCUGCUGGGCUGCCAGGUUAAAGAAGAGGACCUUGGACUCUGAAGUCUUCAUACAUUCUUUCUCUAAAGCUACUGUGCCUAACGCAGACUUCAGAAAUUCUUACAGCCUAUAACUCAUUUACUAUGAGAAUGUUUACGCUACCAAUGGUGUUUACUUUGUUUUUGCAAAAUUUCACAUUUCAGAUGUGAAUAAAGUUUUUCUUAACUUUG